AUGCUCUCAUCGUCACAGCCGCGCUGGCCGGCUCGAAAAGUCUGCGAGUCUUCUGAAACUUCCAACUUUCUUCAGAUCCUACCCUACAGUGUCCUACAGCUCCGCAUCCGUCCCGAGUUGCUGACCACAGCGGAGCUCCUCCGCGCGGCGAAGCGGCUUAACGUGGAGCUCCGCGAGAAUGUCGCGGGCCCUUGGUACCAGAUUGAGCUUUGGAGUGGUGAUCGCCAGCUGGGCAAAACCAGCGGCUGGGCGCAGCCCUGGGGAAGCCUGCACUUGGAGACCAUCGAGGUGCGGAAGUUCACCGGCUACUGGGUCGCCAAGCCGGCCAGGGGAGGCGAAGGCGGCGAAGGCUCCGAAGGCUCCCCCAUGAGCCCGGAGGAUCAAGCAGCGAUGGAGGCCGAGGAGAAGAAGCGCUAUGCCGACGUGGCCAAGGUAGCACGCUGGUUUGGCCUGCUGCUUUCAAUGGCCAUCGCCUGCUGGAACAGGGAGAGAUCUCCUUUCUUCUGCAAGGAGGCGUUUCUUCUCGCCAUCUAUGAUGAAGACAAACAGCAUGAACGCCUGGUCCGGUACUACAAAGGCCUCGGCUUCAAGGUGAUCAAGGACGCAGAGAGUAUCGAGUACCAGGACCAGGUGAUCUGGGGCGGUCAGGGCACUUUGAUGAGAACGGAGGAAGAGGACUUCAUGCGAAGAUGGACCCCCGUGGUACGGCAAUUGGCCGGGCCCAGCAGGAUGGGUCGCACCUAG